UCUGCUAAAUGCGCCGGGCUGCUCAUUUACAAACCAAAUCCACUUUAGGCAAAUCCAGCAACCAACUUCUGCAAACGACAGACCUCGCAGGUCUCUUUUUCAAACGCUGAUAAGAAUGUCCUCCGUUUAUCUUUCCUGAGCAGUGAACAGGAUGGCGGAGGCUCCAGACUCCAGGGACUCUGAGAAUAACUGGGUGAUUGCAAGCUCUGAGGGACUUGCCGUAGAGACGUUGGGGGCUGAGCAGCCCGAAGCCCCCCGUAGCCAGCAGGAGGCGCAGUCCGCAGAUGUGGGAUCCGACGGAUCGGCAGCGCCCACAGACCCCGAGCAGCGCGAGCCUCGUCAGCCGCCGGCGGCGGUACCAGCACCGGAGGAGACGACAGACAUACCCGUGGAAGAGCCUGACACACAGGACGCGGAGCGCCCCAACGCCAAGCCGAGCUCGUCCUAUCCCGGCAGAGCCGAGCGCUGCGUUCGGACUCUAGCGCGGUUCUUCCCCGACACAUUGUCGCUCGGCGGCCUGAAGAGCUGGGCGCAGCGCAGGGCAAGCAGGACAGGGGAGGACCUGGAGGAAGUGAGCUGCUCCAGCAGUGACGACGAUGUGGAGGGUCUCAGAAAACGUGUCGUGAAAGGGGCUUCACCGGUAAAUGUUGGAGCCGGACCCAAGGAACCCACCGCGCCUGAAGAAGAAGGGCCGUCCGGUCUGACUCUCAAUAAGUGCAUCGUUGCCGCCCUGGCGCUGGCUGGCAUUGGAUUUCUCCUGUUAUCAGGAGGAUUUGUGGCCGAUGACGAUCCCCCGCAGACGGUAAUAACGCGCAGCACUCAAGGAGGGGACGGUCAGCCACGAGCUGUAGAAGAUGUUCAGGAUUGGAUAAAGAUACAUGCUGCACACUUCACCGGUGACCCCGGGAGCUUGGCGGUGGUUAACGAACUUCUGGACAGAGUGGCCAAGGAGAACCAGGACAUACGGCAGAUGCAAGCCAAUCUGCAGGCACAGAAAGAAGAACUUGAAUCAAUGCUAAGAAUUGGUGAAGAUGAGGGAGUCUCCGCUGGGCCUCCGCAUCAAGAGCUGAUGGAAGAGAAUAUAAGACUGAAGGAUGCCUUACUAAAAGAGGAGACGCUCCACCUGUCCGCUCGGGAGGAGCUGCAGAGCCUGCGGGAGAAAACGGAGACCAUGGAAGUGGACAGCCUGGAGAUGCAGCGGUUGGUGUCGGAGAAUGCCAAGCUGAAGGAAGAUCUGGACUCCUCCAAGAAGCAGAUUGAAGGGUUUCUGAUUCAGAAGGAGAUCCUAGUAGCUGAAGCGCAGAUGCUUAGGCAGGAACUAGACAAGCAGAGGUCUCUGGUGGGCUCGAUCCGGCGGGACUUGGAAAGUCUGACUGCGCAGAAGUCCGAUCCUGAAGUAAUGGAGGAUGAGCAACAGCUGCAGGACAAGAUCUCUGAUAUGAACAACCGCCUGGCGCUGGAGCUUCAGAGGUCAGAGACAUGGGAAAAGACUUAUGUAGAGCAUGCCCAGAGGCGGAAGGAGCAAGUCAAGGACCAAGGCCAUAAAGAGGGGAAGAAGCGAGAGAAGUCGGGUCAUGCUCACCAUACCCCAAACUCAGAAGGUGAGUUCAGAAAUCACAGAAAGGACCAGGAGAAGCCAGGGAAGGAAGGAGGCCAGAAGAAAACGCAGCACGAAGAAUGGACGAAUCAUGAUGUAAGAGAGGAUCCGGCCUGGCAUGGGAAGAAGCAACGCCACCCUGAAGGAGAUCACCAUGGGAAAGGCCCAGCGCAUAAGCACCAUGAAAAUAGGGAGAGAGGUUGGAAGGAAAGGCCAUCAAAAUACCACCAUGAAGAGGAAGGGGGUGAAUUCCAUCCCCGCAAGGGGCAGAAAGAAUUCCGUGAGGGUCCCAAGGAAGCAAAGGAGGACAGAAAGCGCAAGGUGCCAGGUGAAAAAGCACACGGAAAGGACCACCGCCACCAUGACCACAACAAAUUCUGGAAAAAGCUGUCGGACCAUCAGUACCGUGUUCCAGAGGGCUGCUCCGGGGUGGAGGGCUGCGCUCGGAAAGAUGGCAUUGACCUCUUCAACGUGGAGCUGAAGCCGGUUCAGAGAAAGCAGUUCGAGGACGUCCUUCGGAGUUACCUAGCAAAGGUCGACUUCUCCAAACACCUGCCCGAGCUGAUCCCUCUCCUGGACGGGUUCUUUGAAGGGCCGGUCUUCUCCCACGACAAGAUCCGCUUCCGAGAUUUUGUGGACGAUAUGGAGGAUUUCCUGGAAGGGCUGGCGAGGAGAGAGACUGGGAACGAUGACGCGGUGGACGACUUCGAGAAAUACGUGUAUGCAAACUUCUUUGGGGAAGCAGCCGCCGGCAGAAAGAGAUCCCCUAAGAAAAAACCCUACAAAGAAGCCAACCACGAAGAAGCCACCUGGGAGGGGACAUCUGUACACCAACAUCGUCAUCACUAUAACACCCAAAAACGGGAUAAGAACCAACCCGAAUCUAGACCCGAAAACAAGAAACCCUUCAAAGAGGGACCGGAUAAUUACACUCCAGACCACGUGCCUGCCUUUAAUCAUCAAGACCAAGGACGACGACAUCCUCCCCACCACCGGACAUCGCUGCCACCAGACCAGCUGCAUGUCGGGGACGAGAGUAGCCGCUAUCGAGAUCCCACGCCAGUGAAUCACAGAUAUCGGGAAGAAGGACAGCAGAGCCAUAAACCUUCAAAGCAUCGCUUCGCAAUACACGAAGACCGACUUAACGAUCGCGAAAAACCCAAGCCAAGUCAUAACGGAGAAGAAGAGCCAAACCAUGGCUACCGGGACAGGGACCAGCACGGCCAUGACACUCGCCAAAAGAAGUACGGUCAGCACCAUGAGGGGAAAAAAGAUCACGGAAGGGAAGCCUACGCUAACUACCAUGAACAUGGGCCGAAGAGCGAGAAACAUGCAAAGGGAGAACACAAGCAUAACGCCUUUCCCCGUCCCAAGAACGAGGAGGACAUGACACCUUAUCGCAGACACGAGCACAACGAUCAGAGCCACAGCCAUCGCCACAGGUGCCCAGACCACAAGCCGUGGAAGGAAGGAGCUGCCCAUCACGACCAUAGACAGCCUGACUUCACCUACACAAAGGGCCACCCGUCCAACCCAAAGCUUGCAGGCGAGGAACGCAGGAGCCAACAUCAACCCUACCGGGGGCAGCAGGAGUCUCCACCGGGGCACGAACACGGCCACAAUGCAAAGGAUGGACGCCAGCGCGUGGAGGGGGUGGCUCCACGCUAAAAAACCCGAUGUAGUGUCUGAUCCCCAUCACAGGACAGCUACUGUAUCUCCAACUCCCACGGACAGCCUUCAUCUUCUCCCUGGCUUGUUAGUCUCCCCAUCUCUGUACCAGUCGGUAAAGUUGUGUAUUCCUAGUAGCCUGGGGCAUUUUCCUCUUGCCCUUCCUUCUGUGGUUAGAGCUGGCAUAUGAUGUCAUACUUGAACCACAGAAUGAAGCUCAGGGUUUAGAUACUCUAGAGGCAGUUCCAGCUGGUCGCUUGCCUCCAUAGUAUGAAUGGGGCAGAUCUUGGACCCCGGCCCAUUGGCCAGAGGCACACAGGACAGCCCAAUUGCCCCUGGUAUUAGGACUCGGGGCUGUCUGAG